AUGAGUUUAGGUGGAAAACAGUGUGUUAUAAAAAGCGAUGGUAUGAUGGCUGGAGCUCAUUGUGCUCAGUGUUCAGACACCCGCAACAUCUAUAUUAAGACUUGCGAUUGCAGUAAAACACGAGUCAAUCAAUCCAUUGAUUCAAAGCCUAUCUCUAUUAAGAAGGAGUUCACUAAGUCUUCAGCUGUGGAUCAAAAGAAACAACAAACUGAAGAACCGAAGCUUAAGGCCGUUAAGGCUGUUGUAUAUAGAGUAGUCAGGAUUUAUUAG